AUGAAUAAUCCAACCAAGACAUCGUCGUUAUCUAGCGACUUGAAUAAUUUCAUAUAUGGAGUAUCAAGGCGAAAUUUUCAAAAUGCUGCCGAACUGACCAAAAUUGGGAUAUCUUUAUUAAAAACUUUUCCAGCUGCAAGAGAUGCUGUUUUGGAGUAUUUUGCUAUGGUCUUUCAUGAUUCUGUUAAUGUAGCAAUAAAUCCUGCAGACUAUGAGGUAGAUCCGAACUCUAAUGCUUCUCUGGAAGCUGUAAGUAUGAUCGGUCCAGAACUUUGUGGCUUAGGGGAAUCUUGGGCACCGUUUAUAGCACCAUGGUGCAUAAAAUUGAUAAUGGAUAUUGCUACAGACAAAGCUAAUUUGCCAAAUGCAACUCUACAAAGUAUAGAUCCAGUGAGAGUGCUACUUGACAUAACAACACAAAAUUUAAUGCUCCUUAACUCAGAUGAAAGAGCAAAAUGUAUUGAUAUGAUGUUGGGUUGUCGAGCAUGCUCAUGGGCAGUGGGUUGGGUUGGCCGGGCAGAGCCAGAACUGGUUGCACCAAGGGCAUUAGCUUUAGGGGCUGAUGCUGCACGCGCAGUGUUAGCUCAUUUAGCCAAUCAUCCUCCAGCUUUACUCCAUGUCAGGGCGGCCCUAGUAGAUCUAUUUCAGGAUGCAAUUAAGGAAGACCCAAAGUCGGAUAAAAAACGAGAUGUUAUCCCAUAUUUAUUGAAUCUUGCGUCCAAAUCUGAUAUAGUUUUAAAAGCUUUAAUCCAAGAUAUAGAAAACACAUUGACAGACACAGUUAUGGAUCGUCUAAGUGCUAUAUGUGCUAUGCAUAGACAUAGUGGAUCUUGGGAGGGAGUUGGACCAGCCUCAUUGGUCACUCUUCUUCUUCGAUCUGAUGUACACUGUUUUCUAUUACUCCUGAAACAUGCCCAGAAGAAUGUCUUCUGUCGCCAGUUGCUCGAGUAUUUGUUGCAAAAGCUCGAGAAUGAAGUAAUGUAUCCAGACAGAACAGUCCCACUGCUGAUUAGUGCAGGAGAAGAAAUUAAUAUUGUUAGAGAGAAACUGCUGGUUGGAAAUCAGUUAGAACAGUAUUCUAUAGCCAGAAUAUUAAUAUUAGUAUGUUAUAACCAACCAUCAGAGUUCAUAAGUACGAUAGCAUAUCUGCUUCAAUAUUCUCGUACGGACACGACCCUAGCACUGCUCGUACGCAUUAUAUCUGGAACUAUAACGAUGCACACACCAAACGACUCAGCCGAUAUUAAUAUGGACACAGAGAGAUACCAGAAUUUUAUAAAAACUGGUGUUGAGUAUGCAUUAAGAGAUUCCAUGCUGGCAGACGAGCAAAUAAAGAAGUAUUUUAUCGUGGAUGAGUUGGCCGGCGACCAGAAAACCUAUAUGCAUUAUUAUAGUUUGAAUGUUAUUAAACUCCUGAGGUGGGAGAAUUCGAACCGCGUAUCAGCUUUGCGUACGCGAAGUAUUUGCCGAGCGGUGGAAGCGAACUUGUACCGUAUUGGUGGGGCGCUACAGCGUUACGCGAGUUUGCUGCAGCCACGCGCGUCUUCUACCAUGGCUGUGCUACCAGAAAUGCCCACUUGCCAUGCUCUUGCGCAGAUCCUUGACAGAGUGGAUAUGUCUGGGACUAAAUCCCCGCCACCAAGUGUUGAAGUCAUCCUUAAAGUAGUGCAAGCCGUUGUUAAAUAUUUCUUCAGGUGUCUACACGAGGAAGAUAUAUUUGAAAAAAUAUGCGGCGUCCAAACGGCCAGCAGGCUUCUUCGUAAAUUGUGCCUUCACAGCAAGUUGGCCCGGGCCGUGGCUCUCCGGGACUUGCUUGAAACGGCCAUGUUUAGAGAGGACAAGAUCUUCGGAAGCAAAGCAGUCAUACCAAACCUGUUAGCGACUCCUAAGGAAUGGAGUAACGAUGACCUGCUCAUGUAUAUGAAUCAAAAACAUGGUCCCAUAACUCAGCUUACCCAAAGCCAUACGUCGGUCUUCCACGCUGGCAUAAUCGGUACUGGGGUGAGGAAACAAAGCGGACAAGAUCUCGACGGUAUACCCCCGAUACUUACCACAAACAACGAACUCCUUAUGGGCGCACUUAUGUCUUGUAUGGAUGGAAACAGCGGAGUUGUUGAGGGGGCAACAUCGGUGUCCCUUCUACUCGUCGAGUUGGUAUCACCUGAUGUCAUGUACAAUGGUCUACCAUGGCCUGAUGAGGAUUUUACAAAGCAAGUCAGUAUUGAACGCGAGCUAUAUAUGCGUGGCGCGGUGGAGCGUUGUGCUGUGGCUCGGGCUGCUCUAAGACGUGUUGCGCUAGCCAGGCCUGCUCUGUGCCUCUCCUCGGCGUUGCUGCGCGCUUCUGCUGCGACACUCCUUCAUAGACUAAGGGCACAUCUAGAUCGUCAUACGCAAUCCCCGGAACUAUCCCGCGAAUUGUCAGCCCUAACAGAGUUACUAAGUACAAUGACGUUAGGACAACUAUUACCUCACCCGCUGAGCCAUAUGCUGGAAUUAGCGCCGGAACUGACUGCUAGUGAGUUGGUGCAAGUAUUGCGAGAUUGUUUAUGGAACUACACGCGGGAUCAUGUGCCGUCCCCUGCAUUGUUCACAUGUGAUUCCACAGGUCUCCAUUGGCGUGACCCAUCUACAUGCAAGCCACCUACGGUCUAUACAGACACUCUUCGGAUUAUUUUGCAAAAGAAAAUAGCAACACUGGGCCACAUGUAUCCUAUAAUGUUUUUAAAUCUCGAAAAGGACUCAUAG